AUGACCGUCGCAUCGAAGGACACUCACCAGCGGGCUGGUGUGCCACCGGAGCAAGAGAACCGUGGCGGUUUGGCCACAGCUGUAGCACUCCAACGCCUGCACGACGAUAUCGAGCAAAUGCUGAGUGGAUACGAACAGCGUUUCCGGCGCCAAUCCGGCUUGGAGAAAAUCCGCUCGACGUUGGUUGGAACCACGACCAGCCCACUUGGAUGGUUCCCGACAUUGGCCUCGCUCGUGUGCGUGUUCUCGUUAACUGUCACCGGGUACUACUGUUCGGCAGGGUUGCUUUUCGCGCUACUCCUGCUAACCGUGGCCGUGGUGGUGCGUGAAAACAAUCUCCGGAAGACGGAGAUCUACCGGAAACUGCGCACGGUGCUGGGCGAAAUCCAGCUCGGGAUAGAGCUGUGUGGCGAUUGGACGAUCGAUAACUAUCCGCAUCUAUGCAGCCCGCUGUCUCCCUGCGUAACGCUUCAAUGGACGUAUCGAGAUGGCCGGAUCGUCAAUCUCCCGUGGGCACUGCUGGUGCGAGGUGACCACAUCGUGAUGCGACCGGGUCAGGUUUCACCCGGUGCCUGUAGUGAGUUCGGUGGCCGAGGACGACGCUUUAAAUGCGGUGAAACUUACGGCCUUCAGCAACCGACGGAACCACCGAUUAAACCGAUCGCUCGAACACCGCUUCCAGAUCUCGUAUGUGUGGUCGAAGCGACGCCUUAUCUAGAUAUCCUGCGCAAGUCCCUCGAUUGCUUCCUCAGUCGCCCGAAGACGAUCAUCAACCAGCAGCGGGAACUGCUGGUAUCGCGUUGCCUGCAACGGUGGGGCUUCGGGGUCAUCCUUUUUGUCACCGUUUCUAUCGGCAUCCUGCGGAAUGUCGGGCUGUAUCUUCAGGGCAAGUUACCGACGGAUUGGAUGAAUGUGUUUCUGCUCAAUCCGACUGCCGCUGUUUUACCAUUGUUGCCACUGCUCUUUCCCAUUCUCUGGGUGUCGAUUAACUUGUGGGGAGUGGCUCGACUCGAAACGCUGCUCUCGAUCCCACAGGCCGUGAUGCGCGCUCAGGCCCAAAAAUCCUUCGCCGAGGAUUUAGAUACACCGACCUGCGAUCUCGACCACGUCAAACUGCCACGCAGGACAGUGUUCUUCUACUGGUGGCAGUUGCUUAAAGGCCGCUCGGAACUGCUUGGCCGCAGUGCCAGUGUCGUGCAGGUUCUUGGCACCAUCACGGCUCUUUGCUGCGUCGACAAGAAGGGUAUCUUGUCGUGGCCAAACCCAACCGCUGAGAAGGUGUUCUUUCUGCGAAACGCCCGUGAAGGCGAUCACAACACCGACCAGUCGGAACAGAGCAGUCUCAACUCGCAGUGCUGCCAGGAACAUUACCACCCACUCUCACAUAUCAUCGAGCUGAGCUCUCAGAAGGAACCGCUUGGGGCCAUCGCAGAGGUUUUGGAUCUUACGCAUGAUCAGCACAGCCCGUUCAAACUCGAGUUCGACGAUCACGACUUCAAGAACCAUAUGAAAUCGCUCAAACCGCUAGGUAUCGCAAUCCUAGUGAACACGUGCUGCCCGUUGACGCAGGCACACUACGCAAAGUUCUGUGGCCACGUGACGGCGGCAGCAAUGCUCGACAAGGAUCUGGUUCCGGUCACCAACCGGUAUGCGAUUGUUGAGUCGAGUUUGAAUUGCUUUAUGCAUGGCCGGUGCCUAUGUGAGCUGGCUAAACAGAUCGGCUUUUCGCCUCAAGCACGCGAUAUUUUCCAGCUCGAGGGUCAAAUAUCGAGCUAUCGUCAUCUUCAACCGGAUGUGGUUCGGAGAGACAUACGAUUCGCUCGGUCACUGCAGCUGGCCACGAAGGUGAAGGUACCGUUCCCACACUCACUGUCGGUGGUGAUGCGCGAGAUCAACAACGGUUCGUUGCAGCUACUGACGCAGGGUACGGCUGACAUCGUACUUGACUGUUGCGAUGAUUACUGGGAUGGCACGGAUCUGCAGCCGUUGACUGAGAAGGAACGCAAACGAGCGCAGGACUUUUACCAGCGGUCCGCUCUGACGGCCUAUUGUACCGCGUUCGCUUAUCGGCCACUACGCCACGGCAUAAGUGGAGCUUUGUCUGGAGGUCCUAAAGGAGGCAGUAUCGCUUAUCUGGAGCUUCCACCCGAGAGCAAACACCGGCGGGAUCUGUAUCGGCGCGAGAACUAUAGUGACCUCGUUGGAGGUGAUCCAGGUGGCGCUGGUGGAGAGUUUGUAGACUGUGGCCGAGGUCCUGCAGGUUGGGGUGGACGGACAGGAGGUACUCUUGGUCUCGGGCUAGGAGGAAUGGCCCCACUCGCACAUCACUCCAUCUCCACCGAUUCACUGCUGUUCACGGAUGGGCGAGACGACGACAUCUCUGAUGUGGACGGAUGUUACCAGAUGCAGUGCCACCAGGUGUUCAUUGGCAUGGUGACGAUGCAGUACCAAGCGCAGACGGACAUUGUGCAGCUAAUCGAGCGGUUGGAAAGGGCCUGCAUCCGGUUCGUGCACUUUAGCAAAGAGAACGAGCUGCGAUCGCGAGUGUUCUCUGAGAAGAUGGGUCUCGAGAGUGGUUGGAAUUGUCACAUCUCGUUGUUGAGUGACGCGGACAGUCGCUCGACGUCACCCUCGUGUGGUGAGACAACCGGAAAUGGAACGGGUGAACCCACGGCCACCGUCGGAGAGGUUCGUGAGACUGGGCCAGAGCGUGUCCGGUUGCUAGGGUCGUUACUGCCAACACCCGGUAUGCUAGAAGCGUCGAAAGCGCUCAGUUCGUCAGCACCCGGUGCCAUCUCGAACCCGGACUCGACAAGCCUGCUGGAACCGGGUGUGGGAUCGAUGUUUGGACGGGUUUCUCCCGCCCCAAGUGAUCUCUCGUCAGCCGGAGAGUGUGAUGGAGAUGAGCUUGGCCAGAAGCAACAUCAACCAAAGGCUCCCGAUGGACACUGCCGGUCACUGAGUUGUCUCACCGACAGCACUGAACAGAGCGCACCGAUUAAUUUUGACAUGUCCAAUCGGGCGAAGCUGCCACGUGGUAUCGAGAACAUCCGACCACAUCUUGAACACGUGGACAAUGUACCACUGCUGGUGUCGCUGUUCACCGACUGUUCGGCGGAGGCGACACGUGAAAUGCUCAACAUCAUGCAGCAGUAUGGCGAGAUUGUUGUCUGCCUCGGAUCGUCCGCAUCGAACUCCAACUCGGAGAUCUUCCUGCAGGGCGAUUGCUCGAUCGCAAUCGAACCAUUAUACCCGCAGGUGUGUCAGGAAUACCCGGCUUACAGCGAAUCGAACAUCUACAAUAACCGAGCAAGGUUGCGGACGAGACCCGGCAGCGGAUCCGGAGCUGGGGUCGUCCCGGAGCGCUGCACCACCAUCUCACCCGUCUACCUCAGUCGCAUCCUUAACUCCAUCUCGUGCUCGAUUGCCACGUGCCGGGAUGAUCCGAUCUCGAUCGUAGCCGUGAUCGAGCUGUCACGCCGCUUCAUGGCUGGUCUAUGGAGCUGCGUUCAGUACUGGGCGUGUUGUGGAGCGUCACUGGCGAUCAUGAACACGAUCACGGCGAUCCUCUCCCUGCCACCGAUGGUCGUGCCGCUGCACGCACUCUACCUCAUGUGCAUCGUGGUGCCACUCGUCGCGUUGACGCUGUUACGAGUGGAACCGGAUCCGGCACUGAUGAAGCGUGCCACUGGCAAGAAGCAAAAGACGCUCAGCUCCCGGUUGGUGCUGUUUGUGUUCUGGUGCUACGGUAUCAAGUUUGCGCUUGCGAUCUUCGUGCUCGUAAUCGCUUACUGUACGUUUCUGUCGCAUCCGAUCGAGCUGUUUGCCACCGGAAGUACGAGCGGAAGUGAGGGUACCCGGGCUGUCGUGUAUCGGGGCAGUGACCAAUCGGAGCGAGCUGUCGAUGGCGAUCUGCACCUGGCACGUUCCUUCAUCCUGCUUGGCACCGUGCUGCAUUUUGUCACGAUCUCAGCGUCGUUCGUACAUCGAGACUACAACUGCUUCAAGCGUAGCCCGCUCAGUAACCUGUGCUGGGUGUCGGUGGUUGCGCUACUGCUGCUGGUACACCUUGGGUUAGCUGUGCUGCAGCUCUGCACGGACGGGUACCUCUGGCAGGAGAUGGAACGUGUCUGGCCCGUCGUGCUGAUCAUCGUCGUUACCGUGUUCAUCACCUUCCUGGCGAGUGAGUUCUUCAAAUGGGAGGAGAUCAAAAUCAACAACCGCUACAUACGCCGAGCGCGGUUGGACUUCGGCACCAAGCUCGGCAUGAACUCGCCAUUUUAAAAGAAAAACCUAUCUAGCUUUAGUAUUCCCCCGUGCGAACACCCCGGCGUUUCCUGAGAGGGGUAGGGGUUUAUUUGAAAGACAUUAACAACGGGAAACGCCAUCCACCGGUAGAUAUAGUGCUGGUCAUCGUGCUUUUCGUUCCGAGGCUCGAGGGAUAGACGAUCCGCGACUGUGUAGAGAAGAUCAUCCUCAUCGUCACUAGUGUAUAGUACAGCGGCAACUCGACCGAAACUCGCCAACC